AUGCCUGGGGAAAUAUUCGCAUUGAGCAAGAAAUUGCCCGAAAAGAUGUUUGCAUUUUUCGACAGACCACAGACGGAUGGACCAUCACAACAAAUGAUUACAAGUUCCCCGCCCCUCUAUUAUGGGGGGGUCGAACUUGGAAUAGAUGCCCGAGAUACAAGAAGACCCGGCGGGUGGGACGGUCGAGUUGAGGUCAACUUCGAUAUACAGAAUGGGCUAAAUUCGUCUCAUGAUACCGUCCAUCUCCGCGUCGCACCAGUUCUGAUAUUCCACCACCUUAUGCCCGUAUCUGAAGUGCUGACCACCAACGGCAACGAGUCAAUAACCCCGCAUCAGCUGAAAUUUGUGUCCGACCUAAAGGCUAUACUCAAUCAACCAGAUAUCAGCAAGCCCUUAUAG